AUGCGACCAGCACUUAGUUUGAAGGCUCGGCGUAUAGCCAGUCAGGUACACGAAGCAACAUCACGACUCAUUCAAUCAGGAUCCUUGAGGGAGCCGCCAGCAUGGUACUCCGCCGUAGUAGACUAUCCCCCUUUGCCUUUACCUCCCCGUGCUCCUCCUCAACGUCCCGACUACGACCUUCCUAAAGCAAAGCAUUCGCACCAUCAUGCUCACCAUACUCCUCAAAAACACUCAAGAACACCUCGUCCAAAGGCUGAUGCGAUCGAGUAUCCAGAAGAUCGCAUCAGACGCCAGUUCUACAUGGAUCAUCCAUUUGAGGCAUAUAGACCUCGUUCUUUAAUUGAAAACGCACCAGGGGUGGAGACGUAUCAGGGUGUUACUGGGGCAGCCUGGACAAGGUUGCGCCAGCGAGGACGAAAUCCUUCACCUGAGGACGUUGUCAAAUUUGCCCUCAACCUACAUGAUAACCUCGAAGUACCCCUGUCCGAAGCGUAUGCAACCGCAGUUGCACAAUACCGCUCGCUUCGCUCCGAGCGCCGCGUCGCCACUGCUGUGGCAGUUCUUGAAGCAGAGGCUAUGGGUGCACAGUUUGGUCCCACAGAAAUCGAGCGUGGAUUUGAACUCGAAGCCGCAGCCCUCAAGAGCUGGGAAGGCGCAGAAAGUGGAGGGGCAACCGCUGCUGGAGUUGGCAAGCAGUGGUCUGCCGAAGCCCCUGGUGAGUUCCCAGGUAGCUGGACACGCGGCCAAGAGUACGUUGCUCGGUGGAAAGAGGGAGUCAUUCCAUACAAUAGGAGCCUAGAGGAUGAACCAAUGAGUGAGGACGCAUAG